AUGUCACAGCCCGGCAGGCCCACUGCCGGGGUGCUUCAAAUCCCCGUGACGGCCACUCAGAAAUCCGCCUCUAAAUCGGCAAAGAAGACCCCCAAACCCCCUGCCCAGCGUCUCAAGCUUCUCAUCCGCCGUUUGCCGCCAGGGUUCACUCAAACUGAGUUUGACACUGCGUUGGGCGACGAAUGGAAGGUGGGAGCAGGCAAGGUCGACUGGCUUCAAUAUAAGCCCGGCAAAGUUUCCAAGGAGUGGGUUACCAGAGCCAGAACAACCGUAACAAUCUGGAAAACAGCUAAUCAGCGAACUCACGCUCGCAGCCCAGCCAAACCAUCGCGUCCCUCUCGAGCCUACAUCCAUGUGGUAUCUAGCGAACACAUCACCCCGCUAUCGGAUCGAGUGCGACAAGCCUCGUUCCAAGAUACUCGCCAAACCUGGAAUGACCCUGUCCUCCUGGGACCCCCAUCGGUAGAGUUUGCGCCAUACGCUAAGACCCCUGGGGGUCGCGUCCGCAAAGACGCUCGCCAGGGUACGAUUGACCAAGACCCGGACUUCAUUGCCUUCCUCGAAAGCCUGACUCAGCCGAUCACCAAACCGGCCGCCAUGGACUCCACUGAGACUGAGGAGAAAAUGGAUGCGGUGACCACGACGCCUUUGGUGCAAUACAUCAAAGACAAGAAGGCCAGCAAGGCGAAGGAAAGUGGAAACUCCAAGUCCAAGCACCGGGCUGAGAAGGAGUCCAAGCAGGAAAAGGUACAGGCGAAAAAGCUUCUGCAACGGCCUGACAAGGACGCAGGGCCAGCUUCUACUGCAGAGAAGAAAGGCAAGGGCGACAAGGCGAGCAAGGAAUCCGCCAAAGCAGGGAAACAACUUGCGGCUACGACCAAGUCUGGCAAGACCAGUGCUGCGAGCACGCCAAAGGAAUCUAUAAGUGCCGCAGGCUCUGAGCGUAAGAGGGAGCGAGGCAAUGUUGCGGCGGCAGCCAAGAUUUUACAACGAGAUCUUGGAAUUGCCUCGUCCAACGGUCGACGUCGCGGCAAGGGGGGAUCGGGAUCCAAUGAGACCGGUUCGCCAAAGAACGAGAGCUCACGAGACUCGUCCGUCCCCGGUCCAACUACUACCGAGUCAAGCAAGAAGGAAACGACGAAGCCGGCUAAGGGCGACAGCUCCACCAAAGCGAAGGACGUUGGCUCUUCAUCGUCUCGAACCUCCGAUGCCGCGACACCACCCACCAGCACUCCCGCCACCAGUAACGCCUCGACAAAACCUCCCAAGGGCGUCACAGCCAAGGCCGCGGCGACCCCGGGACCGACCUCAACGCAGGCCUUCCUCAAGCACGCCAAUCCCUCGCAAGGCGUCACGGAGGUGCUGCUGGAAGAGGCAUUCGGCGUGUUUGGCGCAGUGACAAAGGUGGAGAUCGACAAGAAGAAGGGAUUCGGAUAUGUGGACUUUGCGGCGCCCGAGGGCUUGCGGAACGCUAUGGCCGCUAGCCCUGUGACUGUGGGACAAAGCCAAGUGGUAGUGCUGGAGCGCAAGGCCAACCCAGGCGGAGAAAAAUCGCGUAAGGGACGUGAGAGGAAUGUUAACAAAACGAAGGAAAUUGCGCCUACUGCUGCUGCUAAUCCUGCUGCUACUGCUGGAGGAAGUGGUGGUGGCAAUGCAGGGUCGUCGCGAGGGUCUCGCGGUGGGCGAGGUAAUCGCAACAAAGGUCCCAAGGGAGAAGCCAAGGAAGGGAAGGAAAAGGCCCCGAAGCCUGAGUAG